GGGACUCGUCGCGCUCUCGACCGACUCGCCAUCCAAGGAUGCAUCUCGGCUGCGGACGUGCCAGUAGGCGAGAAAUCGUCGUGGCGCUGCUUGUCAUUGCCGGGCUUUGGCACUUUAGCGACGUGAUAUGGUUUGAGCCGACUGAGUUUGAGCGCCUCGAGCGAUGGAUGAACCACGAUGCGCUGCGUUCGGACGUGUACACCACCUACACUCAGAGCAGCUUUGACUGGAGCAGCGUCCGACACAGCAAUCGACCCAAGGUGCUGACCGCGCUGCCGAAGCCCCUGUCGGACGACGCGAUGCCUACCGUGCAGCACUGUUUCGAGAACGAGACGCCCGACGAGGCCAGGGUUCGCAUCGCAAGGCUCACCGAGGUGCGGCGGCUCUUCCAGGCCAACUGGGCCAGCUACCGGCGCUUCGCAUGGGGCAAGGACGCGCUGAUGCCCGUGUCUGGCGGCGCCAUAGACCAGUUCUCGGGCUGGGCGGCGACGCUGGUGGACUCGCUCGACACGCUCUGGAUCAUGGGCCUGCGCGAGGAGUUCGACGAGGCGGUCGCCGAGGUGGCGCGCAUCGACUUUGGCCGGUCGACGUCGCCGCGCGUCAACAUGUUCGAGACGACCAUACGCUACCUGGGCGGGCUCAUGGCGGCGUACGACCUGAGCGGCCGCGGCGUGCUGCUGCGCAAGGCCGUUGAGCUGGGCGACUUGAUCUACGCGGGCUUCAACACGGAGAACGGCAUGCCCGUCGACUUCAUCGACUUCGAGGCGGCCAAGCGCGGCGACGUGCUGCAGGUCGAGGAACGCGUCGUGUCCGCGUCGCCCGGUACCCUGUCGCUCGAGCUGGCGCACCUGUCGCAGCUAACCGGGGACGCCAAGUACUACGACGCAGCGUCGAGGGUCAUGGACGUCUUCUACCGUGCGCAGAACAGCACGGAGCUGCCGGGCGCCUGGCCCAUCUGGGUGUCGAUGAAGCACCAGGACCUCACCACGGGGGGCGCCUUUACGCUCGGCGGCUCCCAGGACUCGCUGUACGAAUACCUCCCCAAGAUGCACCAGCUGCUGCGGGGCGGCGACGGCAAGUACGAGACCAUGGCCAAGACGUUCCUCGAGACGGCCGACAAGUACUUUCUGUUCCGGCCGAUGCUACCGGGCGGAGAGGACAUCCUGCUCCCGGGCAACGUCAACGUCUUGGACGGCGGCGCGGAGCUCGACCCAGAGACGGAGCACCUGGCGUGCUUCGUCGGCGGCAUGUUCGGCCUCGCGGGCAAGCUCUUCGACUCCCCCGCGGACGUGGAGCGCGGGGCCAAGCUCACGUCGGGGUGCGUCUUCGCGUAUCGGGCCUUCCCGACGGGCCUGAUGCCGGAGCGGCUCGACACAGCGCCGUGCGCGUCGCGCUCGCGCUGCCCGUGGAACGAGGUGCUGUGGAUGCAGGAGCGCGACGCGCGGGCCGAGUGGCAGCGGCACCUGCCCCUGGGCUUCACCACGGCAAAGGACCCGCGCUACAUCCUGCGGCCCGAGGCCAUCGAGAGCGUCUUCUACAUGUGGCGCCUGACGGGCCGGGCCGGGCUGCAGGACGACGCCUGGGACAUGUUCCGCGCGGUGGCCAACGGCACGAGGACGGAGCACGCCAACGCCGCGGUGCUGGACGUGACGCGCAAGGCCGACCCGUUGCCGAUGGAGGACUACAUGGAGAGCUUUUGGCUGGCGGAGACGCUCAAGUACUUUUACCUGGUGUUCUCGCCGCCGGAUGUCAUUAGCCUGGACGACUUUGUGCUCAACACUGAGGCACACCCAUUUAAGAUACCCAGGUGA